GUCGGGCGGGUUGAGUCAGCCCCGGGGCCCGGGCGGUUCCGCCAAUGGCGCUGGACAGCGAUUCCUGCACUGGAGCCGCCUCGGCCCUCCACGCCUGGCCGCCCCGCCGCCCGACCUGGCGGGGCCGGGGUGCGCGUCUCUCCAGAUACGUAGGGGAGUGAAGUUCGCAAACUUCCGGGGCGCGCGGGCGGCGGUCGGCGCGCGUGGGGGGCCCUCUCCGGCGCUCCGGGCCCGACGCCUCCGGAGGGCGCCCGCGGAGUCCCACCGGUCCUCCGCGGAGGGCGAGUUCGAAGGCGAUCAGACGAGUCGGGACGUCAGCGUUCCGAAUACAGAUAUGGCCACCCAGGUAAUGGGACAGUCCUCUGGAGGAGGAGGACUGUUCACUGGCAGUGCAAACAUUGGCAUGGCCUUGCCAAACGACGUGUAUGACUUGCAUGACCUCUCCAAAGCCGAACUGGCUGCCCCUCAACUUAUCAUGUUGGCAAAUGUGGCCUUGACUGGGGAAGUAAAUGGCAAUUGCUGUGAUUACCUAGUUGGUGAAGAAAGACAGAUGGCAGAACUGAUGCCUGUUGGGGAUAACAACUUUUCAGAUAGCGAUGGAGAAGGACUUGAAGAGUCUCCCGAAAUAAAAGGUGAACCUAAUGGAAUGGAAAACAUGGAACUUGGAAGUUUGGAACUCAGUGUUGUAGAACCACAGCCUGUAUUUGAGGUAUCUGCUGCCCCAGAAAUUUAUAACUCAAAUAAAGAUCUUCCUACUGAAACACCUGGAGCAGAGGACAAAUCCAAGAACUUGAAGACAAAACCCUUUCGCUGUAAGCCAUGCCAGUAUGAAGCAGAAUCUGAAGAACAAUUUGUGCAUCAUAUUAGAGUUCACAGUGCCAAGAAAUUUUUUGUUGAAGAAAGUGCAGAGAAGCAAGCAAAAGCCAGGGAAUCUGGUUCUUCCACUGCAGAAGAGGGAGAUUUCUCCAAAGGUCCCAUUCGCUGCGACCGAUGUGGUUACAAUACCAACCGAUAUGAUCACUAUACUGCACAUCUGAAACAUCACACCAGAGCUGGGGAUAAUGAGCGAGUCUACAAGUGCAUUAUUUGCACGUACACCACAGUAAGCGAGUAUCACUGGAGGAAACACUUGAGAAACCAUUUUCCUAGGAAAGUGUACACAUGUGGAAAAUGCAACUAUUUUUCAGACAGAAAAAACAAUUAUGUUCAGCACGUUCGUACUCACACAGGAGAACGCCCAUAUAAAUGUGAACUUUGUCCUUAUUCAAGUUCUCAGAAGACUCAUCUAACUAGACAUAUGCGUACUCACUCAGGUGAGAAGCCAUUUAAAUGUGAUCAGUGCAGUUAUGUGGCCUCUAAUCAACAUGAAGUAACCCGCCAUGCAAGACAGGUUCACAAUGGACCUAAACCUCUUAACUGCCCACACUGUGACUACAAAACAGCAGAUAGAAGUAACUUCAAAAAACAUGUAGAGCUGCAUGUUAACCCACGGCAGUUCAAUUGCCCUGUUUGUGACUAUGCAGCUUCCAAAAAGUGUAACCUGCAGUAUCAUUUCAAAUCUAAGCAUCCUACUUGUCCUAAUAAAACAAUGGAUGUUUCAAAAGUGAAACUUAAAAAAACCAAAAAGCGUGAGGCUGACUUGCCUGAUAAUAUUACCAAUGACAAAACAGAAACACAGCAGACGAAAAUAAAGGGAGAUACAGCUGGAAAGAAAAAUGAGAAGCCUGUAAAAGUAGAGAAAAAAGAUAAUGUUUCAAAAGAGAAAAAGCCUUGUAGUAAUGCCUCAGUAGUUUCUACCAGAACUCGCAAAUCUGCAGCCGAGCCUAAAGAGAUGGAUGUGCAUCCAGGAAAUAAAUCCUGUAAAACUAAGAAAAGCAAAAGGAAGAUGGAAACAGAUGCCCAUUCCUUUAAUGAUCCUGUGCAUAAUGAAGAACCUGUGACAAAAAAGAAAAAGAAAGUAGAAAGCAGAUCCAAAAACUGUCAGGAAUUACCAAAGGGUGACGGCAAAGUGGAGGAGAAUAAAAAGCAAAAUACCUGCAUGAAAAGAAGUACAAAGAAGAAAACUCUGAAAAAUAAAUCUAGUAAGAAAAGCAGCAAGCCUCCUCAGAUAGUUCCUGCUCAGAAGGGGCCUGUUCAGAAGGGACCUGUUCAGGUGGAGCUGCUUCACCUGGAGUCUGCUCAGAAAGGGCCUGUUCCAAUGGAGUCUCCCCCUGUGCGGUCUGCUCAGAUGGAACCUACUCCCAGGGAGCCUGUUAAGAAAGGGCCUACUCUGAUGGAUUCUGCUCAGGUGGAACCUCCUCCCAGGGAGCCUGUUAAGAAAGGAUCUGCUCAAAUGGAUCCUCUUCCCGUGGAGUCUGCUCAGAUGGAACCUCCUCCCAGGGAGCCUGUUAAGAAAGGAUCUGCUCCAAUGGAUCCUCUUCCUAUGGAGUCUGCUCAGAUGGAACCUCCUCCCAGGGAGCCUGUUAAGAAAGGAUCUGCUCUAGUGGAUCCUCUUGCCAUGGAGUCUGCUCAGCUAGGACCUGCUCAGGUGGAACCUCCUCCUGUGGAGUCUUCUCAGAUAGGAUCUGCUCCCGUGGAGCCUCCUCCUGUGGAGUCUGCUCACCUGGGACCUGCUCAUUUGGAGCCUCCUCCCAUGGAGUCUGUUCCUCCUCAGAUGGAGCCAAUCCCCAGAAGGUCUCCUCGUCCGAAAGAUAAUAAAAUGGAAAAGUCUGGCAAGCAGAGUGAAAUGGCACGGAAGGAGCAAGUACUUAUUGAAGUUGGCUUAGUGCCUGUUAACAAAGAUAGACAGGUUCUAACGGAAAGUACGUGUGCACAGGAUCUCCUACCAUCAUCACCACCACUGCCAAAGGAAAACUUAAAAGAAAAGGAAUCAAAAGACCAAAAAUUAUGCUCUGAAGGGGAAGGAAUUAAAGAAGUCCUUCAAAAAGCAGAAGUGGCAGAUAACAGUAUAGCUGAUCUUGAUGCUAGUACUGAGGAACCUACCAGUAUUUCAUCCUCUGAACAGAACUUGAAGAACAUGCCAGAGCAUGAGAUUUUGGAUGGUAAGCAUCGGGCUGACACUAUGCCUGGUGAAAUGAAAACUGACACUGAUCAGAACACAACAGAGAACCUUGCCGGUGAAGACUCAGCAGUUGAAGAACCAAUUUCCCCACUGCUUCUUCCACCAGUAGAAGGAGAAGCAGUGUCCAAAACCACUCUGGCAUCACCUUCUGUUACUACAGCAGCGAAUGAGCCUCAGGAAAUUGAUGAAGAUGAAGGUAUCCACAGUCAUGAUGGAAGUGAUCUAAGUGACAACAUGUCAGAGGGUAGCGAUGAUUCUGGAUUGAAUGGGGCUCGGCCAGUUCCACAAGAAGCUAGUAGAAAAAAUGCAAAAGAAGCCUCCGGAGUCAAAGUGGCUGAGGGAGAUUUUGUUUGUAUAUUUUGUGAUCGUUCUUUUAGAAAGGAAAAAGAUUAUAGCAAACACCUCAACCGCCAUUUGGUUAAUGUAUAUUUCCUUGAAAAAGCGGCUAAAGGGCAGGAGUAAUUUAGUGUUGGACAAGGCCACAGUUCUUACUUUGUCAGAUCUAUUACAUUUUAUAUUAAUUUACAGUAGUAGACAACUUUUUAUUUUUAAGAUUGCUUUAAUUAGUGUCAUGUUGAUAUUUCAUUGGCACUGUUUUCCUUAUAACUUUUUGUAUACCAUUUGAUUGUGGUAGAAGUUAGCAAAACUAAAAGAGUUAGUGUACUAAACCAGCAGAAAACUUAAUUUGUGAGUUUAUACAAUUAAUUGAAAUACGAAAGCCAAGAUGGUAUAAUAGUCUGUUUUGUCCAGCUACAAUUUGUCAGUUUUUUCACUAUUUGUUUUCCCGUUUCACUUUAUUCUUAGAUCUUUUUCUAGCUCUAUAAAAAUUGGCAUACUUAAUAGCAAAUUACUUGAAGACUUUGCCUGCUUUAUAUAAAGUUAGCACUUUAAAUUUUUUUAGAGAUGAGAAGAGACAUUUAAACAGAAGAAAAAUUCUCCCAACAAUGGACAGUCUAUUAGUCCAGGUAUUUACUUCCUGAGUUGUGAUCAAUAUUACUUAUUUGUGUAUGUUAGUCAUAAAAACAGAUUUGGGUGGUUUGUUUUUUUUCUGUUUUUUUUUUUGGUGCUUUAAUGGCUUAAGAUGUUGCACAUUUUUUUUAAACCUAUGCAGUUAAAUUUUUUUCUUAGAAAUAGUAUUUUUGUUGAAAGUAACACUUUAUACAUAUAUAUGCAUGUUGUUUUGGCCUCCUUGGAGGGAUGCUUUUAGGCUUGUUUGCAAAAGGGCAGUUUUCUUUUUCUUUGCUGCAAUUGUCUUUUUUGCAGAGUAUUAGUAUGUGCAAGUUUGUGAGCAAAUGAAACAUGCAGGUUCAAUCCAUUGGUUUGAUUUUCACAUAUCUAUGCUAGAAUCUGUAUUUCAUAUAAUUUAUUUAUUUUGAAUGGAUGUAGUAAAUUUGCAACUCUGAAUUUUGAUUUUGCAAUAAAUAAACCACUAGGCUGUA